AUGAUUCCUGCAGAAAAUUCGCCUACUGAACCAAUUCACCAUGACAUUACUUCCGACAUUUUAGAUCAACCUAUAUCUACCAUUAUGUCUCCUCUCGACUCUUUUGCACAUACUGAACCCUCUUCAGCUGAAGAUACUUCAGAUCCCAGCAGCUCUACUAACAGUUCCUGUAACUCUUCUAAUAAUACCACCGACAUUAGCAACAGUGCAUAUUCUCAUGUAAAAACUCCCAUAACUCUCCCAAAUACAGAAAUUGACUCUCCAAUGGAGGAAGAAGAAGAAGAAGAAGAACAAAACAAUAGUAACUUCAGCCCCAAUAGCCAGUCUAGCAGUGUCGGGAUUUCCUCAAGUAACAAUAAACGACUAGUUUCAGAUAUGGAUUUUUCUCCACGGCCUCAAUCAAACGCAUCAACUGGAGCAGCUUUUCAACAGUCAUCUCCUAUUACAUCUACAAGAACUCGUUCAAAUGACCACCAUAACUUUCAUUCGCAUCAUAACUCUAGUGUAUCUUCUAUUUCGGCAAUCCCUCCAGUUCCAGAACAAAAUUCAGAUGAUGAAGACCUUAGCAUGCCUUAUACUGAUUUGGAAAUUGAUCUCUCUAGUAAUCCAGUCAAAAUUAUUUCACGUAAAGGGCGCGUCAACUAUAUUAAAUACCAAAGCGCAUGUAUCCGACCUGCUGUUGGAGAUAUCCUAUACCUAGUAUCUGCCGCUUGGGUUGAAUCUUUUGCAGAUUAUUCAAACGACGAGUUUGCUGAAACUUUUGGAAAUUUAGACGUUGUUAAUACUUCAACUCGACGACUAUUUUCAGCAACAUUGUCUAAAUAUGUGCCUCUUCCCAAGCCGGCUUGGGAUAAUCUCGUCCAAUGGUAUAACCCAGAAGGAAAAGAUGGAUUUGAUUACUUUUCUCUUCCUCGUCAAGUCAUCAAAACUGAACCUUUAGAAUUUGAUUUUUUCCCACUUACCGUUUACACAAAAAUCUUUACUCGUCUCGCACUCUCUGCUUCUCCAAAUACCAAAAUUGUCAUUUCCAACUCUUCUAUAGGAAGCGAUUUUUACAAGGCUAUUUUCUCACUCUAUUCCCUUCCUCAAAACAUAUUGUUUGAACAGAUUCGCAUUUGGGGUGUUGUCAAUACUCCAGACACCCUCAGAAUUAUGAAACAAGAUACGCCACUCGCUCAAUAUCCAUUCAAAGCUAUGACCUCCAACCUGCAUUCCAUUACUUUAGAUCCUAAUGAAGCAAUUUCUAAUUCAAGCCUUGACAGAUUCUCAUUCAUCAUUUUGGAGGUCAAGGAAAUUAGUGAUAAUACUUCUCCAUGGCCCUCAGAACAAAUCAAGCCUCCUCUUCCACCACGUCGCAAUUUACCGCCACCUUAUGCCUUGGACGAAACCAAGAAAGAUUUAGAACCUGAAGAAAGCAAAAAACAAGAAGGAGAUAACCAAGAAGAAAAAGUUGAAGAAGAAGAAGGGGAAGAAGAAGAAGAAGAAGAUGAUGAUGACAACAGUUCUGAAAAUAUAGCAACAGUCCCUCCAGCUCCACCACCAUCACGACAAAAAAUUACACAAUCUUAUUCUUAUCGAAACCAAUAUUCCGCCCCAAUCGGAACAAUUGGUCUUAAUAAUUUGGGCAAUACUUGCUAUAUGAACUCUGCACUUCAAUGUUUAACUCAUGUUCCAGAAUUGGUAAACUAUUUUCUUUCGGGUUAUUUCAAACGCGAGAUCAAUCGAACAAAUCCAAUCGGCUAUAAUGGAAAAAUUGCAGAGGCUUUUGGUGAUCUUUUGGAACAUUUAUUUGGAGAAGAACGUUCGGGCUCUUCAUAUGCAUGCCGACCUUUUAAAACAAUCGUCGGUAGACUCAAUUCUGCAUUUGCAGGUUAUCAACAACAAGACACCCAAGAAUUUUUGUCCUAUUUGCUUGAUGGCCUUCAUGAAGAUUUAAACAGAGUUUUGAAAAAACCUCUUACUGAAAAACCUGAUUUGAAAAAACAUGGUUCUCAUAGCCCAGAGGAAAUAGCACAACUUGCUGAAGAGUGUUGGCGUUUACACAAGCUUCGCAAUGACUCAGUAAUAUUAGACUUAUUUGUCGGCCUUUACAAAUCUACUUUGGUUUGCCCGACGUGCCAUCUUACAAGUAUUACAUUUGAUCCAUUCAUGGACUUGACCCUCCCUCUACCAUCAAACGAAUACUGGAGUAAAGAUAUGCUUGUUUUCCCCAAAAACAGUAGCCCAAUUAAACUGGCUGUGGAACUUGAUCCUAGCGCCACAAUGAACCAUUUACGAAAGUUUAUUGCUGAUAAUACGGGCGUCGACCCUAGAGCUCUUCAUUUUGCUGACAUUUUAGACAAGCAUAUUUACAAAAACAUCAAAGAUGGUAAUGUUAACGACCAAAUAACAACUUACGAUACCAUAUAUGUUUACGAAGCAGAUGCUCCUCUUGAUCGAUAUACAGAAGUCCUCAAUAAUGAAGAUGAAGAAGAGAAAGAAGAAGAGGAGGAAGAUGAUGAUAUACCUUUUGUUAUUCCUGUCUAUCUUUUUAUCUCAGCAGAUGGCCAAAGCCGCAAAGCCCCAUUCCCAUACUACAUUACUUUGACUCAAUCUGAUGCUGAAAACCCUUCCAUCAUUAUUCAAAAAAUUUUGGCAAAACUAUCACAAUAUUCUACUUCCGACUUUUUCGAUGCAGCAAUUGAGCGAAUUAGUGAUGGAACUUUGAACUGGAAAUCAGUUAUGAGCAUCUUAACUCCACAUAUUUGCUACUCCUCUAAAUAUAAUCAUGACAUUCCAUAUACUGGAGGGCCUACUGAUACUCGCUGUACGUUUCUUGAGCGAGUCGAAGAAAUAUCAACCAAUGUUUCUUUGGGUGCAAGACAAAGGGAGUUACAGCGACAAGAGGAAGAGCGAAGACAGCAGGAAUAUGCCAACUACAACAAUUAUCAAGAACCUAAUAUGGAACAAGAUGAUGAUUCGCUUGAUGAUCUUCCUGCUUACGAAAAUGCUGUCACCAACUUUAUGGGAGAUGAUUACAGUUCUCAGUUUACUAAAAACUCACCACCUCCUCUUCCUAGCCGUGCUGAUUACACUCCAAUUGAAAAUCCCAAUGCCAAUGAAGAUUCAUCAAGUAAUCAAGCAGAGAAUGACGAAGAGAGUCAGUCCAGCUAUGAUAAAAACUCUGAUGAUGUUGGGAGACUACCUACUCACAGCAGCUCAUCUAAUCUUCAAUAUGCAGGUAAAAUGACUCCUGAAGAUCCAAUCGCUAACAGCGACCCUGCCUCAAGCUACGAAGAAGAUAACAAUUUCCCCAAGCCCAAGCAGCUCCCAUCUUCAAAUUACAGAGGAGGUCUUCCUGGAGGAAGUGGGAAUGAUGAGGAAUUUGAAGAAAAAGCUUCUGAGGAACCAGCUAAAGAAAAUGAUGAUUUUGAUGCUUUAAAUUUAUCUGGUUUACCUGAUUCUGAUACUUCUUCUGUUUCAUCUUUGUCAUUUAACGGGCCUCUUGAAAAUGAAAAUACUAAUAAUAACCGUCCAGUUAUAAUUGUUAACGACGACCAAGCAUCUGGAGACGAUCAUUAUGGGUCUUCUCUUUCCCCUCCUUCUCCCCCCUCUACUAAUAAGAUUUACCACCAUACAAAUCGCUACGCACCUACAAAAAUUAACAGAAACUAUCAGCAUAACCGAUAUGGUUACAACAAUAAUUACUCUCGUUUUUCUUCGCGAGUUCCAGACUUUAUUCGUGACACUGAUUUUGAUCCUGAUAAUAAACUUAUCGUCAGCCCCUCGGCUCUUGUUGCUAUUGAGAUUGAUCAAUCUCGUUAUGAUUCUUUGUUUGACGAGAAAAACCUCCCUAGAUUGUUUGUCGAAGUUGUUUCUCAAGAGAUUCAAAAGCGAAGAGAGGCCCGUGAAGUUAUGCGUGUUAAGGGUGCCACUCUUGACGAUUGUUUAGAUCAGUUUUAUAAGACGGAAGUUCUUGGAGAAGAUGAUUUGUGGUAUUGCACUAACUGCGAAGGCUUUAAGCGUGCAUCUAAAACUUUGGAGUUGUGGAAAACACCAGAUGUUUUCAUCAUUCAUCUUAAGCGGUUCUCUAGUUGGCGCGAAAAAAUUAACGAUACGAUCAACUUCCCAAUCACUGGUCUUGACAUGAGCCACCGCAUUACAGAAACAAAAACUAACAGCAGAUUUCUUGAUACACCUCCUGAAUCGAUUUCUGUUGACGAAGAGGACAAGAACUUGGUUUAUGAUCUUUUCGCUGUUGACAACCAUUUUGGCUCUGUUCAUGGCGGCCAUUAUACAGCCUAUGUCAAAAACUUUGCCGACGACAAGUGGUACUACUUUGAUGAUAGUCGAGUCACGGAGGCCAACCCUGAGGAGGCCAUUUCCGGUAGUGCUUAUCUGCUCUUUUACCGUCGGCGUGGCUCCUCUCCUUUAGGAGGUGAGCAUAUGAGUGAAAUUUUUACAACUAUUGAAGCUGAACGGGAAGCUAAUCAAGAUAGCAAUUCCUCAUUGGACGCCCACAUUGACCCCGCUGAAGAGGAAAAACGGCUUUUGGCCAAGCGCUUUCCAGGAGUUGGGCGCUCCCUUGGGGGUGGUAGCGGGAGUCUUGGGAGUAGUGUCGUCAGCAAUUUUGGCAGUAGCGUUUGCGGAACUGGGAGUGAAUUUUCCAGCACCUCUGAGCUUCCUAGCUCUGCUGAAGAGGGUACCAACAUGGCUUCAAAAGCACGGUUUAGGAGUGGUUUCAUCGGCCACAGAAGCAGCAGUAGCAUCAAUAGCAACGAAUCAAACGACAGUGGUCACAGCAGUGUGGGCAGCAACCAAGGCGGCCUUGACCAAACUCCGUUCUCUGGUGAACUUGGUCCCACAACAGCAUCCGCUGGAAACCUUACUCGUGACCGGGGCAGCGGUGGCAGUAGCAGUAUGGAUGGCAGUGCGCAGGAAGAUUUGACAAGUGAAAUUGACCGCCAAUUUGUUAUUCUUAAUCCUGAAGACCAAGCUCCCAAAGAUGUUGAGUUGGAUUUAGAGGUAAAUAAUAUGGAUGAAGAUGGAGAUGACAACAAUUCACUUUAUGAUGAUGCUGGAUUUCAAAACUUGGUGGAUGGAGGAUACCAUGGUACACGUCGAGUUGAACGACCUCCAGUAAUGGCGGUUGAAGUUCUUAAGCCUGAUCAACUUUUGCCUAAAACAAAGUCAGAAUUUAAUAUCGAGUUGAAGAAUAGUAAAGAAUCGCUGGAAUAUGCUAAAAACUCACUUCCAAGUCCUAAAUCUGAUGACUAA